GUCCGGGGAGAGCGAGCGAGCGAGCGAGCGAGCGGGCGGACGGCGCAGCCGGCGUGUCUGGGCCGCCUCGCAGAGAGGAUAGGGGCGGCCGGCCGCCCGGCGGCGACCCCGGGCCCCGGCCGCCACCAUGGGCUUCGAGCUGGACCGCUUCGACGGCGACGUGGACCCAGACCUGAAGUGCGCGCUGUGCCACAAGGUCCUGGAGGACCCGCUGACCACCCCGUGCGGCCACGUCUUCUGCGCCGGCUGCGUGCUGCCCUGGGUGGUGCAGGAGGGCAGCUGCCCCGCACGCUGCCGCGGUCGCCUGUCGGCGAAGGAGCUUAACCACGUCCUGCCGCUCAAGCGCCUCAUCCUCAAGCUGGACAUCAAGUGCGCGCACGCGGCGCGCGGUUGCGGCCGGGUGGUCAAGCUGCAGGAGCUGCCCGAGCACCUCGAGCGCUGCGACUUCGCGCCCGCGCGCUGCCGCCACGCGGGCUGCGGCCAGGUGCUGCUGCGGCGCGACGUGGAGGCACACAUGCGCGACGCGUGCGACGCGCGGCCCGUGGGUCGCUGCCAGGAGGGCUGCGGGCUGCCUCUGACGCACGGCGAGCAGCGCACGGGCGGCCACUGCUGCGCGCGGGCGUUGCGGGCGCACAACGGCGCGCUGCAGGCCCGCCUGGGCGCGCUGCACAAGGCGCUGAAGAAGGAGGCGCUGCGCGCCGGCAAGCGCGAGAAGUCGCUGGUGGCUCAGCUGGCCGCCGCGCAACUGGAACUGCAGAUGACCGCGCUGCGUUACCAGAAGAAGUUCACCGAGUACAGCGCGCGCCUCGACUCGCUCAGCCGCUGCGUGGCCGCGCCGCCGGGUGGCAAGGGUGAAGAAACCAAAAGUCUGACUCUCGUCUUGCAUCGGGACUCCGGCUCCCUGGGAUUCAAUAUUAUUGGUGGCCGGCCCUGUGUGGACAAUCAAGAUGGAUCGUCCAGUGAAGGAAUCUUUGUAUCCAAAAUAGUUGACAGUGGGCCUGCAGCCAAAGAAGGAGGCCUGCAAAUUCAUGACAGGAUUAUUGAGGUAUGUGAACACUGGCCAGUGUCUUUGAAUAGGCCGAAUGCCAUCCCGCCUUCGUCUGGCUCACAGCAAACUGUUUGGUUGGGGAGGGAGGUCUUAAGUGGUGGAUGGCUGGGCAGGAGGCACACUUCUCCAAUCGUGUGGGACAAGAUUGAGUGUUGAUUGCCUUGGUGUUGAGUUUUUGUUAAAUGUAGAGAAGCUGGAUUAUGAGUGGCAUGUUCACGAUUUGGCUUCUUUCAUGCAGACUUGCAUCUGUUUUGUAUGCUUCAGUUACAGCUUUGUGCAAAAACACUGGAGGGUUGUAUGUUAGUUAGAACCAGAUGAACAGUCCCUGUUGUACAAAUUGCGACUGUUUAUAUGGGUUACCAGGGUACAAUUGUGUCAGCCUUGGAGUCAUUCUUAUGUCCUCAGAGCUCACAGAUCAUAUAUUUCUACACAGGCACUGCUGUCUGUUUUGUCUGACCUCUUUGCUAUUUGCCUGUUGUAUGACUUGCUCAUCCAGAGGAAUGCAGGCCCGAGGUUGGUGGUAGGAUUCACUCUAUCAUCAUCUCCCUUUUCACUUCCAGUUCUUCAUGCAUUCAUGCCUUCAAACUUUCCUACAGAAGGCGUAUAGAUUGGUGCUGAAGGGAGUAGCUCUCUCAGCCCUACCUUGGGGCACUUUGGAAUAGGGUUACGUAAUGUUCUGGCAUGGUUUGAGUGCCUAAAAGGGAGUGAAUUGGGUUUUGCCUCUUUACAUGGGCUCUUUUUGCAAAGUUUGAUAUACAAAACUAUUUUUUCCCAGUCUGAUUUAAUGGGUACAUCCGUGGGCUAAAUUGUUGGCUGUGCUAUAAAUAUGAGCCUCCAAGAUGAUAUCAUAGAUCCUGUUAAACUCACUCAUGGACCAUCUCCAUAAUACAGUGCAUUCAAUAAGAAACCAGAAAAACAGCCCUGAUACCAGUGGGUGUUUGUUGUUCCAGACACAUUUGUGAAGCGUCUGUAUUUCCUGAGUAUUUUCAUGACCCACUUUGAAACUUUGGCCCAAGUGGGAGCUUACCAUGAGCUAAACCAUAAGCAAAGUUCACAUCACUCACUGGCAUGAGGCCAGACGCUCCUCCUGGGGAAAACAGCGUCAAGAAGACAGAGAACAAAGUCUCAAUUUUCCAGUCUCGUGUGGAUGAACUGUGCAGUGUGCAAUACAGUCAUUUACAUUUGCAGGAAAAUACACAGUUAAAUCUCACAGGGAACUGAAAGUGAAUGAGUUAAGGCAUAAGAACCAUUCCUCUGAAGGAGCAGGCAGUGUGGUCACUUACAUAUGAAACAGAUACUUCAUUUUGUCAUAUGGACCAUAUUAAUAGUGCCACAUCCCCUUUGACCUUCAGAGGGGUCCUUAAAAGUGGAGUUCUUCUUGCCUUGUGCCUUAGGAUCAAUCUUUGUAGUUCCCAGGUCAGGAGAGUGGAUUUUCCCUAAGAGGAAUUUUUUUGGGCAAGAGCCAUUUCCUAAGAAUCAAAUGCAUUACUUGCUGUCUGUUUUUUUGAGAGUGAAUACAUUUUCUGAGACUAUUGUUCAAAAAAGAUAAGUACAGCCUCUGUUGCCAAGGGUUUGGUGGAACAGCCAGUUUCUCUAAGUAAUGGAAUUUCAUUGCUCUUAUGUUUUGCAAAUGAGAAAUCUACAGCUGGGCAGGAUUUUCUCUUGGCAGAGGAUGGUCUGUAUUUGAAAUGUUCAGUACGGUUUCUGGUAAGUCACAUUCCCCUUUUGGACACUAUGUAAAAUAUUAAUCAUGUCCCAGUGUUGAGAUGGAAAGGAGGAUGAUCACAAUAGAGAAAGGAUACAUGUGUAAUUACAAUUGACACACCGUGCCCUUCUCAGUCAAAUUCUAAUCUUUUUUGACAUGAUACCAUGAUUCCCGUGACUGGAAAUACGUUCUCUGGUUCACCUCAGCUGUGUUGGAGUUUAUUACCAGGGGGCAUGAAUUUGAUUACUUUAUGUGUGUGCGUGUGUGCAUGCAUGUGUGUGUGUGUGUGUGUGUUUCAUCACUGGGAAAAGUCAGAGGCUUUCCGGUUUUGCACCAAGUACCUCCCUUUUUAAGGGAGUGAGCAAAUUACCACCAGAUCUUCACCAUCAGAACUUUAUUUCUUGCAAAAGGGUGCCUGAUUAAAUCCAGAGAGACAGCUUGAGUAUUGUCCUGUUGCAGAGUGACUGUGAUCUGCCUGGGGUCUGUUUUCUGAAACCAGAACAGUGUCCUCAGCCACAUCAGAGCUUGACCGACUAUCCCUUGACACUCUCUGUUUUUUACAAUAAGUAUUUUGAAAUGUCACCAAUACUGUCAUAAAAUGGAACUCACCAAAAUAUGUGCACAUAUAUACCUGCAGAAUUGUGAAGUUAUAGACUACAAUAGGAAAAUAAAAGGAAGAUAAUUUGUAGUAAAGUGUGUGUGUUGGUGCCUAAGUACUUGGGCACAGUGACUUUAAGAGACAUGUGGAUGCUGUGAGAUGAUUGUGCCUCUGUGUGGCCACUUGCAGGGAAUCAGAAGUGGUGCUGGUAGCCCAGGGCAUUGUUUCCACAUCACAAGUUUCCAUAGCAGUGAACAGGUCACGGUCAAAUUCCAGUGCAACAAAGUGCCAUCUUCCUUGACUUUUAUAGGAGUUGCAUUCCUGGAAAUGUGUGUGUGUGUGUGUGUGUGUGUGUGUCACGAAGUACAUUCAAUGUUGUGUAACCAACACCACCAUCCAUCUCCAGAACUUUCUCAUCCUCUGCACUUGAAGCUCUGCAUCCAUUGAAUAUUAACCUUGCCCACUUCACAGCAUUCUAGAAACCACCAUUCUAUUUCCUGUCUGUAUAAAUUUGAUUUAUGAAUAGAAUCGUACAGUAAUGACUGUUUUGUGACUGGCUGGUUUCACUUAGCAUUUUGUCAUCAAGGUACAUACAUGCAGUAACAACCCAUGUUCUAAUUACCUUCCUCUUCAGGGCUGAGUAAUAUUCUGUUGUCUGUAUGUGUACUACAUUUUGUUUAUCCAUUCAGUUACUGAUGGACUUUUGGAUUUCCCCCACCUUGGAUGAUAUGAACAAAUUUGUUUUGAACAUGGAUAUGUAAUCUAUUUAAACUCCAAAAAAAUCCUUUGUGUUUAUAUAUAAAAUGGAGUGAGAGUCUUAUGUGUGGGUAUGAAAAGGUUGUUUUAGCUUCAUGAAUACCUGGUGGGAUAGGUGGAGGUUGUGCUGAAAGCAGAGUAAUUCUUCUGCAUCAGACUCUGCAUUUUAGGACUUCUGUUAUCCUGGAUGAGGGAGAGAAAUGCUCCCAGAGACUUAUAAAAUGUCCACUGGGCAGUGAUGAGGCACCAUUGAGAAUGGUAUAGAUUUGUACUAUUGCAGAUCCAGGAGAUGGAAUCUGAGCUGCUUAGGAACAGAGUUGUCAACACCCCUCUCUUCCUGGACUGCCUAAGUGACAGCCAUCAUGGAAGUCCCUGCCUGGGUGUUCCCAAGGCCUGAUAUGAAAGCAUGAGCUAGCCUGUCCUGGAGCUGUGGUGUUGGGGCCUGUUAGGUUAAGUGCCCUCCUAAACCUGUGUGGCUGUAGGAGUCCAGGAUAUCCACUGGUAUUUGUGUCUUCAUUUACUGUGGGUCUGGGUGGACAGAAUGUCAUCCCAUCUCACAUCUGGUACGCAGCAAGUUCUCACUUAUUCAGUGUUCCUGAUUUUUUGUAUUGCCCCUGUACCCCCCAUAUUCACAGCUAACCCUAGGCUGUUUUUGUUUUUUUUUUUACAACUUCUGACCCUACCUUGGAUUGCAUAUACUCAGUUCCUGUUAAGAAAACUAAAUGUAAGUUCCUCUCUAGUAUCGUUUAGCCCUCAUUUUAAACCAUCACGACCACAGUGGUUUUAGUUUCCUGCCUUGAAGCCUACCUUCUGAGCUGGCUGUUAAAGACAGCACGACUCUUACUUAUACUUUAACACCUGCAGGCUUUGUAAAGGAGCUGUGUCUUACUCUUUUGAACAGUUUGAGAACUUUGGGAGAAUCUUUCCAGUGCCCAAAGUGCUGGUGAGCCAAACUAAAGCCAGUUUCUUCACAAAUAUAAUACCUUUCUCUGUGGACACAAAAGUCUACUCCAGACAACACCUUUUAAACUUUUGACCUCUGUCAUUUCAACAUGUUCCCAUUUUGAGCAUUUUCCUACUUUUUGUUGCAACAAAGAUGUUUUACAUUCAUCUUCUACUUUCUUUGCCCCUCUUCUGGAAUCGAGCAUUUUUUCCAGGUAACUGUAGCUCCAUUUACUAGAUAAACAGAAAAACAGGUGCUAGGGUACUCUUAUGAUUGGGGCUCCAUUGCUUCCAGGCUCCCUUAGCAAAAUGUAAAUGUGUACUCAUCAAAGCACUUACACACACCAGUGACUCAACCUCUCUAUUUCUGCAUCCAUCCUUAUACAUGCUUUGAAAACUAUUCCUAUAUCAAUAACCCCAGUUCUAGUCCAAGUCCACAUGGUUAUGUUAUUCUUCCUCUUUCUAGAUUUGUAAUUCCUAGAAGAGUACCUUUGGAAAUAGUGAUCAGUGUGCUUUUUUCCUUUGAAUCAAAACUCCAAUCUUUGCUUAGAUAUUACCAGAGAACUAAAACUCUGGUGAAAAUUAUUUAAAACGCUUUCAUUUUAUUUUUUAAUUUGAUUUUAGAGAAAAAUAAUUCUGUUCACCAAAGGGAUUUUUUUAUUAUACUUUUCAUUAGAGGAGUAAGGAAAGCUCUGUAAUUUUUGUGUAACUACCUACAGGAAACUUGUUAUUCCCAAACAGACGCAAGUAUGCAUAAUCCAUUUUUUUGGGUAAUGUUAUACCUGUUCUCAACCACAGUAACUGAUCCCUAUUGACCAUAUUGCAUUCAACAGAGGAGUAUGAUGAAUUCAGUGACGGUUAAGAAAAAACCAAACAAAAAAAAGGUAAAAAGCUAGCCACUAGCCAGUAUGGUGGUUCAGGCCUGUAAUCCCAGCACUCAGCUGGCUGAAGCAG